AUGGUAGGCUUGACAACCGAUGGCGCUCCAGCUAUGCUGGGUCGUGAUAAGGGUCUUGUAGGUAUGUCAAGAAAGAAAAAUGAAAAGCUGACUGACGCUGAACUUCCAUACUUCGCUGAGAAUUUAGACGAAAUAUCUUCACCAGAUGAAUUAAGUACUGCCUCUGGAGAGUCAUCUUCAGAAGAACAUCCAGUUCACAACAGUGGAGAGUCAGACAAAUCGUAUAAGCCGUCGUCUAGUUCUGAUGAAAAUACUCAAAAUGAAAGUAGCGAAACUGAAGAAGAAGAAGGAAAUAUUACUGCGGAAAGCUCAGGCGAACAAGCUUAUAUUCCUGCUAUGAAUGGUAGUAUGAAAUGA